AUGCGUCUUCCGUCGGGCCCGCCGCCCAUAAUCCGCAUCGCUAAUGGCACUUUCUACCGAAACCAACCGGGCACAGUGUCGGCCCUCACCUCUCACGCCCAUGCUCACGCAAACCCGGCGCUCUUCAAGGACCUCACGUUUGAGCUCCCCGCGCGGAGCCCGACACCCCAGAACUGGUGCGUCGUAGGGCCGUCCCUGUCCGGAAAGACCACGCUGCUGCAAAUUCUUCGCGGACAGCACUUGGCUUUCCCGCCUACGGCCCGUUCGUUCCCGUAUCUGAGCACGGAAGACGUCCCGUACCGCUUGCGGACGCCGGCUCGCGCGAUCCAGUAUGUCGGGUUUGACUCGCAAACCGGCGGUGGCAGCCUCGGCCCGGCUGCAUCUACCUACCUGUCUGCACGGUACGAGUCGCGGCGGGAGAUCACGGACUUUUCGCUGCACGACUUCCUGUUGGGCAACAUGGAGCUGAACCCGUCCAAGCCGGUCGGCGGCAGCGACGAUGGUACUGUAGAUGGGAAGUUGUUCAAGCGUGUGACGGCGGAUCUGCGGCUGGAGAGCCUGCUGGAUCUGCCUGUGACGUUCUUGUCCAACGGACAGGGCAGGCGAGCCCGCAUUGCCCGCGCGCUUUUGACCACCCCGGAGGUGCUGUUGCUCGAUGAGCCGUUUAUGGGGCUGGAUCCUCCCACUGUCGCGGGCCUGAGUCCGUUGCUACACUCGCUGGCAGAGAAGGCCAGUCCACGGUUGGUGUUGGGUGCUCGGCCGCAGGACCCCAUGCCGGGGUGGAUUACACAUUUGAUCUACCUCCGGACGGAUACCCAAAUAGGUGCAAUGGGUACCAAGGACGUGGUUAUGGAAGGGCUGAGGACAUACGUGCGGGGAGUCCGGAAUGGGAAGCUCCCGGAAGACGAAACGCUUCCCGUGCAUGCGCUGAGCGAGAUGGGUAGGGUUCUCACGAAGGACGGUGUUUCUGGCGAGGGUUUGGCCGAGGACUUCUCAAUAUCCGUGACCCAAGGUAUUGCGGACUCUGCGACGAGCAAAGAGCUAGGCGAGCCUCUGGUGGAAAUGAACGGCUGUAAAGUGCAGUACGGACCUAGAAUCGCCCUGGGGAACUGGACCGAGGAGAAAGACGGCAAGACUGUCACUGGGCUACAGUGGACAGUUCGACGAGGCGAGCGAUGGGGCGUGUUUGGGCCCAACGGCUCUGGCAAGACCACCAUCGUGUCACUCCUCUGCUCCGACCACCCCCAGACGUAUUCCCUUCCCAUCAAGCUUUUCGGUCGCAGCAGACUCCCGGAGCCAGGCUCUGGCGAACGCCCGCUCACCUUCUGGGAUAUCCAAUCUCGCAUUGGCCACUCCAGUCCGGAGAUACACCAGCAUAUGCCACGCAGCCUGACACUCCGCAAGGUACUCGAGAGCGCGUGGGCUGACACCUUCCGUAGCAAGCCGAAGCUGGACGAUGCUGCCACAGACCAAGUAGAGGCCACGCUGAGAUGGUUUGAGCAGGAACUCAAUCCGGCCUACCGCAAGCAGGCCACAGCGGGAACACCGGUGCCGUCGGAGACGGCUGAUGACUCGGUGGCAUGGGCAAAGGACUACAUGUUUGGCGAGCUAUCCUUUAGCGCCCAGCGCAUCCUGCUCUUCCUCCGGGCCAUCAUCAAGCACCCAGACGUGGUGGUGCUCGACGAGGCGUUCGGCGGUAUGGAUGACGCCGUGCGGGAUAAGUGCAUGCUCUUCCUGGCGCAUGGCGAAGAGAAGGUGUAUUCUCUCGAGACUAAGCAAGGGGACGGGGGACUUGCGGGGGCUACCGUGGUGGAUAGCUCUGCUGCGAAGGCGGGUAGGGUUAAAGUAACAGGUCUGUCGGAAAGGCAGGCGCUGAUUUGCAUCAGCCAUGUCAAGGAAGAAGUACCAGACUGUGUAAGGGAGUGGCUGUGUCUGCCCGAGGCGAAUACUGGGUUGCCGGCGAGGUUUGGACGGCUGGAUGGGCCGCUACGGGGCAAGGCGAAGCGGUGGACUGAGAUCUGGGGCGCCGGACAGGGCGCAUGA